AUGGCUUUUACAAAAGAGGAGUUUCACAACUUUGGGGCUGUGGACUAUGUCAUCUUUGGUGGGAUGUUGGCCGUCACUGCAGCCACUGGACUGUACCACGCUUUUGCAGGGGGAGGUCAGAGGACAACUGCCAAGUACCUGAUGGCUGACCGCAGCAUGUUCAGUCUACCCGUGGCCAUCUCAGUUCUGGCAUCGUUCCUGUCUGCCGUGACCAUCCUCGGCGUGCCCUCAGAGAUCUUCGUGUACGGUGUUCAGUACUGGAUGGUGAUCUGGUGUUACUUCAUCACCAUUCCCGUCACUGCCAUCUUCUUCAUCCCAGUGUUCCAUGGCCUGGGACUCACAAGUGCUUAUGAGUACCUUGAGCAGAGGUUCUCCAUGUCCCUCCGGGUGGUCGCUGCCUGUCUCUUCAUCCUGCAGAACACCUUCUACAUCGCUGUCAUCCUGUACGCACCUGCGCUGGCCUUGGAAACAGUCACCAAGUUUGCUGUGUGGAAAACAGUUCUGAUUGCAGGCAUAGUGUGUACAAUAUACACAUCUUUGGGAGGGAUGAAGGCUGUGAUCUACACUGACGUCUUCAACUUUUGUGUACUGUUUGUUUCCCUGGUAACCAUUGUUGUCAUGGGAACGGUGAGAGCAGGAGGCAUGGGGCGUGUGUGGGAAAUCAACGCCAAUCACUCCCACCUCAACUUUUUGGAUUUUGAUGGAGAUCCUACCACCCGGCUGUCCUUCUGGUCCCUGGUGAUAGGGGGGGCUUUUACAACAUUGCCGAUGUGGGCUGUAAGUCAGACAUCAGUUCAGCGAUUCCUUACUGCAAAGUCACUCCAGGAAGCAAGGAGGUCAGUUUGGAUCAACCUUCCAGGUAACAUCAUCAUGGUGACACUGGUGGCCUUCUCUGGGAUGGUGCUGUUUGCUUUCUACAAUGCCACUGGUGCCAAGGGACAACAGACUCACCCUACACCUAACUACACAUCACCUGACCAGGUAAGACUCACCUUACACCUAACUACACAUCACCUGACCAGUGUUGCAGCUUCUGGGUUCAAUGCCCUAGCGACCGUGACCCUUGUGGACAUCAUUCGACCAAUCAGGAACCGGAGAAGACUGAUGUCAUCAGCAGGCAGUACUGCAGGACAGGAGGCCAGGGACACCUGGAUAUCCAGGGGACUGUCCCUGUUCUACGGAGGACUGGCCAUAGGACUGGCCUUUGUAGCAUCGCAGAUUGGCUCCCUCAUUAAGGCAACCAACUCCAUAUUUGGUGCCCUGGGUGGACCCAUGCUCGGCAUCUUCACUCUGGGAGUGUUCUUUCCAUCUGCAAACACAGGGGGAGCCCUGACAGGUUUUACAGGGGGGAUGUCUGUUGCCCUGUGGAUGGCCAUUGGAGCCUUCUUCAAUAAAGACGACCAGGGAAACGUCAGCAAAAAUGCCUUCUGGCUCUACAGAAUUUCUUUCAUGCUGUACAGUGUAUUCACCUGGGUGAUCACAGUUCUGAUUGGCUACUUGGCUAGUCAUGUGACCAGAAAAGCCUUGUCCCUGAAGGACGACAUGGUCAACCCCAAACUUAUCACACCCAUUUGCAGGCCCAAACUGAGUCGCAAUAUUCAGAACGACUCACCACUACCACUGCCAGACGAGGACUGUGCGGAAACUAGUGCACUUCUCAAUGUGUCGGAUUGAAGAUGAACGUUUCAUUCUUACAUUCCUGUUAUUGUCUGGAAUAAGAAUACUUCUGCCUUCUGGACUUGUAUCCCAGUGUACAGGCACAGGCACUAACUAUAUAGUACAUGGUUCUGUGUAAACGGUAGGUGUCAGACCAUGUAAGUUGGCCAUGUCAGAAUCGAUGUACAGAUUUGCAGCCAAAUUAUUAGUUUGAUAGUAUUUUGAUUUCUAUACCAUGCAAUUUGAUUUCUUGUUUCUUGGAUUUUUCCACACAAUUGGGGCAGGUGUGGCGAAAUAAAAAGGAAAAGAGGCAUAUUAUAUUAAACCCCAUAUUUACUUUGCACUGUGCAGGAACUUCAAUACAUUUAUGACCCCAUGGAGCAAAAUGUUAAUAUGACAAUUAAAGGUUAAAAACAUGAACAACUAAUGAAGACAAGGUCUUUCUUCAAUUUUUGGCACCAAAAUAUUAGCAUGUGCCCAGAUAGAAUGGUACAUGUGUCCUUUUUUGUAAAAUGUCGAAGACAAUGAAAUAGACAAAUCUGACUAAGAACCAAAAUAAGAUUUUUGUGGCCUCAGCUGUUUCUACAAUAGUGGGAUGUGGCACAAGAGAGGUAGAAAAAUUAUGACCUGUUCCUACAUGCCAAACUGUACACACUCCUGUAUUAUCCUUCAUGUCUCUCUGCUGGUUUGUACAAUACUUCAAAAGGUGUAUAUGGAUGUAAUGUAAUGUCCACUGCAGAUAGCUGUAUUACAGUCAUUAUAUAUAUUGUAUGGGCUGGAACCUCAGAAGUAUAUGUUAUUAUACAGAUCUAGAUUGAAAUUUAAAUUGAGCUGACAAAUGCACUACAUGCAAGUAAAUAAGAAUGACAAGUUGAUAAAUGUUCUUAGAUUGUGGAAUCUCUGGCAUCAAGUUUUUUUAGUUAAAGGCACCCAAUGCAAUAUUAGGGCAUUAAAACUGGAAAUAUUCUGGAUAAGACAAUCGGUACGAUAUCGACAUUUAUGUCAUACCUUUGACGCGAAAAUGUUUGAUACGGGUGUUCUGGACCGGGCCAUAACUUCCGUAUCAGACGGGCUCUAAGUUGUAUCACACGGGCUCCAUUUGAAUAAAUGGAACUGUUUCUAGCGGGCCGAGUGCGGCGCCAUCGAAAGUUCGAAUACCUGAUUCGGACGUUGGAGCAUUACUGUUGCAACACUUUUUGUUCGUGUAACGUAUGAAAUAUUGAUACAAAUGUGCUAGUAUGGUGUAGUAAAUAUAGAAUACAACACGGUGUAUUCCGUAUCACCCGAGGUUCCAGCCCGACUGCGGGUCGGAUCGCCCGACGGCCGAAUAUAUACUAGCACAUUUGUGUCAAUAUUUCAUACUUUGAGCAUUUAAAAAGAACGCACAGACAGUCCAAAAAUGGGCCCCUUUAUCUAUUAUACACCGCAAUUAAUAAAUUACCACAGGAUCGAGCCACUAACGUUUUCCGGUAGGUAGUUCUCGGUCAUUUCCGAUGUGUGAGGUCACAGAUUGCAUUGAAACUGAUUAACAUGUUCGCAACUCGAAACCUGAUUUGAUCUAGUGACAAUAUCUCUGGAAGCACUCCAAAAACUUGAAAUAAUGGCUGCCCCAGUGGCGCAGGCAGUGCUCAGAUUGUUCAUCUUUGCUCAAUGAAGGUCAAUAUACAAUAGGAUAGUGUUAAUCAAACAUGUAUGAAAAUGACUUUAAAAUUGCAUUUGGGAAAACGAGUUUCAAGGCCCUAAUAAUGCAUUGGGCUCUUUUAAUCAUGCUAAAAUGCUAAAUAUUAUAUUUAUGGUGGGUUGGUAUCAUGAAGUACAUUGAACUGGCCUCUAUGGCUAAAGAAA